AUGGCGGGUUGUCCACGCCUGAGCUUACCGGGGCUGUUUGUGCUCCUAAUCACUGCAUCCCUAACACAUGGCCAAAGCUGCCCACAGCGCUGUGACUGUAUCCCUCAUCAGAGAGCCGUGAUGUGCCAGAACAAGCGUCUGGGCUCUAUUCCUGGAGGCAUCCCUACUGACACACGGCUGCUGGAUCUGAGUGGCAACAGUUUGCGCUGGGUGGAAUACAAUGACUUGGCGACUCUCUCGAAACUUGAAGAAUUGGACUUGAGCGAGAAUCUCAUCAGCGUGUUGGAGCCCAACGCCUUCUCCAGCUUGCUCAACCUGAGAGUGUUGCGUCUACGAGCCAACCAGCUUAAACUCGUGCCCAUGGGUGCCUUUUCACGUCUCACCAACCUCACCACUCUGGAUCUAAGUGGGAAUAAACUGGUCAUCCUGUUAGACUUCACCUUCCAGGACUUGAAGAACCUCCGCAAUUUGGAGGUUGGUGACAACGACCUGGUGUACAUUUCAAACAAGGCUUUCCUAGGACUGGUGGGGCUCCGGGAGCUAACCAUUGAGAGGUGCAAUCUGACCUCUAUAACUGGACAGUCUCUUUCCUACCUUCGCGGCUUGGUGACUCUUCGAUUACGCUACCUCAGUAUCCCUUCGUUGGAAGAGCAGAACUUUCAUAAACUAGGUGGACUGCGGGGUCUUGAGAUUGACCACUGGCCCUUCCUUGAGUACAUCUCUCCACACAGCUUUCAAGGUCUCAACCUUUCUUGGCUCUCGAUUACCAACACCAACAUUUCCACCGUGCCUACAGGAGCCCUUCGCAACCUAAUUCACUUGGCAAGCCUCAACCUGUCUUACAACCCCAUCUCAGUUCUUGAGUCCUGGGCAUUGCGGGAUCUUAUCCGCUUGAAGGAACUGCACCUAGUUGGUACAAACCUGAUAUCAGUGCAACCCUACGGUCUUGGAGGCCUGCAACAGAUACGAUUGCUCAACUUGUCAAACAAUGGAUUAGUGACCCUAGAGGAGGGGUCCUUCCACUCGGUCAACACGCUGGAGACAUUGCGUGUAGAUGGCAACCCUCUUUCCUGCGAUUGCCGCCUACUGUGGAUCCUGCAGCGCCGGAAGACCCUCAACUUUGACAGAAAGUCACCAGUUUGCGCCACACCCGUGGAACUGCGAGGAAAAGCACUCAGUACCUUCUCGGACUCUGCACUCUUUGACCAUUUCACCUGUAAGCGGCCUAAAAUUCGAAACCGCAAACUGCAACAGCUGACGGCACGUGAAGGCCAAGUGGUGUCAUUUGUAUGUCAAGCACAAGGAGACCCAACUCCGGUCAUCUUUUGGAUUUCACCUCAGCGCCGACGUAUCACAACCAAGAGCACUGGGCGGGUGAUUGUCCUACCUGAAGGUACGCUGGAGAUCCGUUACGCCCAGGUUACAGAUAGUGGGACUUAUAUCUGCAUCGCAAGCAAUGCUGGUGGCAACGACACCUAUUUUGCCACCCUAACAGUCAGUGGAUUGCCAUUGGAUGGUGCUUUGGCAGCCAAUCGCACCUACUAUGUGGGAGAUCUAAAUGACACGAACUUAAACGACACACGUGUCUUCCUAAAAUUCACAUUGGAUCUCAAGACCAUCCUGGUGUCCACCGCAAUGGGCUGCAUCAUGUUUUUGGGUGUUGUGCUUUUCUGUUUCAUUCUCUUAUUUGUGUGGAGCCGAGGACGAGGUCAGCACAAGAACAAUUUCUCAGUUGAGUAUUCAUUCAGAAAGGUAGAUGGUCCCGCUGCCAGUGGGGGUCAAGGAGGGGCACGAAAGUUCAACAUGAAGAUGAUAUAAAAUGGGUAUACCAUCAGUUUAAAGGAGUUAAACGCACAUUAUUGUUAUUUCAAACUGAAAUACAUUUCUACUACCAGUCCUGCAUAUGACACAGUGGGUUUUAAUGGGAGCAAUGAAUAUUGUAGUCGCUGAGGGGUGCUUUCCAUCAGCAAUUAUUUAUAAUCUGACCUUACUUUUGGUGUCUUGGGAUAUUUUACAUAUUUAUUAAGACAUUUAUGAUGAAUUACAUACUUGCCGCUGGCAUUAGGUACCCAUUUUAAACUUUCUCAUGUGAGAAGGCCAAGCUUGUAGUGAUAUAUAAUGACCAUUAAAAAUACUCCCAAGCAAUUUCCCACAGAACGUGUCAUUCUAAAAAGUUCAGUUAUGCUCUUAAUAUUAUGGAGAUUGUUGUGAGAAAAGUCCCGAAUGAUUUAGAAUAUAAUUAUUUAAAGAGGUGCUUUCUGCUUGCCAAGAAAUUGCCAAUGCCCUCAAAAGUAAAAAAAUUGAACAUUAUUGCAUUUUGCAAGGCAAUUUAAUUUUUAAGCUCAGUAGUUUGUAGGCAAUAAAGUGGGCAUACACUUCACACUGCCAAUUUAACAAGGAUUUGUUGUUGGAUUAGCCCCAAAUCUUAGCCUGGGAACCACUUUGUUGGAAACAAGAGAUGCUAGAAGACUGUUUAAAAAGUUAAAACUGUUUAAUUAUAUCUUACUUAAAAAGUUAGUUGAUUAAGUUUGCUAUGGAUAAUAAGGCUACCGAGUGCUUCUAUAUUACACUGCCACCUACUUCUGAGUCAUGCCUGAAUAAAAUUAAACACACACACACACACACACACACACAUGCAUAAAAGGUACUGUAGUAACAAUUGAAAAGCACAUUGUCUUUAUAAAAACAUUACAUAUUUAUCAGCUAAAUACCAAUAGCCUCAGUAUCUAGACUGAGUUUAAGACAUUUUGUAUCUUAUUGUAUAUAUGUAU